AUGGUCUUACUGCUGGUACAUCAUCAGGGAGGGUUCUGGUUCCUCUAUGGUCUUACUGCCGGUACAGCAUCAGGGAGGGUUCUGGUUCCUCUAUGGUCUUACCUGCUGGUAUUUCUUCGUCUCCUUCUGGGAGCGCACGGAGCUGAACUCCUCCCGUUUCUGGUUGGACUUCCGCAGGUCGUGUUCCGUGGACCAGAGGUGGAAACCUCCCACACCAUUUACACACAGGAGAAGGAGGACGUUAGACACCAGCUGAGGAGGAGAGAGGAGGUCAGAGGUACCAGGAGAGAGGAGGUCAGAGGUACCAGCAGAGAGGAGGUCAGAGGGACCAGCAGAGAGGAGGUCAGAGGGACCAGGAGAGAGGAAGUCAGAGGGACCAGGAGAGAGGAAGUCAGAGGUACCAGGAGAGAGGAGGUCAGCGGGACCAGGAGAGAGGAAGUCAGAGGGACCAGAAGAGAGGAGGUCAGAGGGACCAGGAGAGAGGAAGUCAGAGGUACCAGCAGAGAGGAGGUCAGAGGGACCAGGAGAGAGGAAGUCAGAGGGACCAGAAGAGAGGAGGUCAGAGGGACCAGGAGAGAGGAGGUCAGAGGGACCAGGAGAGAGGAAGUCAGAGGGACCAGAAGAGAGGAGGUCAUAGGGACCAGAAGAGAGGAGGUCAUAGGGACCAGAAGAGAGGAGGUCAGAGGGACCAGGAAAGAGGAGGUCAGAGGGACCAGGAGAGAGGAGGUCAGAGGGACCAGGAGAGAGGAGGUCAUAGGGACCAGAAGAGAGGAGGUCAGAGGGACCAGGAGAGAGGAGGUCAGAGGUCAGCGGGACCAGGAGAGAGGAGAGAGGAGGGACCAGGAGAGAGAAGGUCAGAGGGACCAGGAGAGAGGAGGUCAGAGGGACCAGGAGAGAGGAGGUCAGAGGGACCAGAAGAGAGGAGGUCAGAGGGACCAGAAGAGAGGAGGUCAGAGGGACCAGAAGAGAGGACGUCAGAGGUCAGAGGGACCAGCAGAGAGGAGGUCAGAGGGACCAGGGGAAAGGAGGGCAGUGGGACCAGGAGAGAUUAGGUCAGAGGGACCAGGAGAGAGGAGAGAGGAGGGACCAGGAGAGAGAAGGUCAGAGGGACCAGGAGAGAGGAGGUCAGAGGGACCAGGAGAGAGGAGGUCAGAGGGACCAGAAGAGAGGAGGUCAGAGGGACCAGAAGAGAGGAGGUCAGAGGGACCAGAAGAGAGGACGUCAGAGGUCAGAGGGACCAGAAGAGAGGAUGUCAGAGGUCAGAGGGACCAGCAGAGAGGAGGUCAGAGGGACCAGGGGAAAGGAGGUCAGUGGGACCAGGAGAGAUUAGGUCAGAGGGAUCAGAAGAGAGGAGGUCAGAGGGACCAGAAGAGAGGAGGUCAGAGGGACCAGAAGAGAGGACGUCAGAGGUCAGAGGGACCAGAAGAGAGGAUGUCAGAGGUCAGAGGGACCAGCAGAGAGGAGGUCAGAGGGACCAGGGGAAAGGAGGUUUGUGGGACCAGGAGAGAGGAGGUCAUGUGGUUCUGGAUAGAUAGUUACAGAACCAUGUGUGUGUUGACUCUGUAA